AUGCCUGACGAGGUGCGGAUAGCGGUGCUCUCCCAACUGUCGGACCUUGACGACGAGAUGUUGGCGUACAUCAAUAGACUCUUUGCUAAGAGGCAUAAGCAGUGGAAGAGCGACUUGCACCACCAUUUUCAGACAUAUGAUGAUCCGCAGGUUGCUCUUCAGGAGGGUUGCCCGAAGGAGCUUGAGGGGCGGGAAGAUAGUUGGGAGUGGCUCUGCGGUCAUUUUCAGGAGGCCGAUUUUUUGGCCAAAGCAAAUAAGGGCAAUAGGGCGAAGAAGACUCUUCUCCACCAUUCAGGUUCCAAGCCCUUUUCCUAUAGGAUGGAGGAGCGGCAACGGGGGGGGUCCAAAUUCCCCGAGAUUGACGUCUUUGGCGACGUUUACGUUCGCCCUAGGAAUGAGUUGGCUGAGUCCCUUCAUACGACGAUGAUGGAGAAGAGCCAGUUGGUUCUUCAGGAGUCCGCCUCCCAGCUUCCUCCCGAUACGUCGCUCGAGUCUGUGGAUCCUCCACAUGAUGCAGGGUUUCAGAUAUUGACGGAAACCUUGGAUCAAACUCUCAGGAGGCGCCCAGGGACAUAUUGUCGAGGGAUGGGGAACGCUCGUCGGCAGGAACCUAGGCCCUGGUCAUCGUCGCAGGCAACCAGUCAGGCGACUGCUGCUUUGACGGCAAAGGUGACUAUGCUUGAAACCCAGAUGGCCCAGAUGACACAAUUUCUACAGUCCCUCGCCCAGGCCUGCGUUUGCAUACCGCCUUUUACUCCCUCAUCAACCUCUGUGCCCAUCCAACCCGAGCAUGGCCACCACACCUCUGCCCCUAACGACAAUGCCCAGCCUUUCGUGCCGCAUUCGCCUAAAGAUCACGUAGAUUUUGGAAACUUGUUUAAUUAG